AUUGACACCUUUUGGGAGUGGGGGUACCUGAAUUUGACAGGUACCUGCUCCCAUUUCCGGUCCGAUCGCCUAGGCGAUCGGAAACGGAAGGUGUCCUUCCUCCCUUCCUGUAGUCUUUUGGGACAUGUGACAGGUCCCAGAAGACUACAGGACCAUUCAGGAGGUGCAGCGCUACUCGUGCAUGCACAGUGGGUACCCGGCUGUGAAGCCGCAAGCUAUCACAGCCGGGUGCCCACACUGAAGAUGCAGGCCUCCUGGAAUCCAGGACGGCUGGUGAAACGGGCUGCGGGGGACACACCACGG